AAGCGGGAAUAAAAUAAUAAAUGGAUGCAGCCCCUUGACCCUUGGUUCGUCUGUGCUGCUCGCCGUAGGUUUCUCGCAACACGGACAAGCGUCGAAAGAUCGGCACCGGCGCAGGUAAAGAUCUCCUUGGCUUUCAAGACAUCCAUCCAUUUGCUUGUUGUUUCCCGAUCGAGGGAUAACCAUAGAAAGAGAUGGAGAUGUUAUAAAUCCAAGGACCGUCUCCACGGUGAUGGCAAGCCUUCGCAAAUUAAGCGCCGCUUUUUCGAGUUACUGUUCCUGCUCGAGGGAGCCUCACAAGAUGGCGACUGUUGGCGUGAGCUUAGAAGCGAAAGAGAGACAUAUUGUGAUAGACAAUGGCAUUCUCCAAUUGACCUUGACAAAUCCUGGAGGGCUUAUCACUGGAAUUAGAUACAACGGCAUUGAUAAUCUGUUGGAAGUUAUAAACAAAGAAGGGAACCGUGGCUACUGGGAUUUAGUAUGGAAUGAACCUCAGGGUUCUGGUAUAUUUGACGUGAUUGAGGGGACACAUUUUGAACUCAUAUAUCAAGACGAGACUCGGAUAGAAGUGUCCUUCACAAGGAAGUGGGAACCAUCACUCCAAGGCAAGCAUGUCCCUUUAAACAUAGACAAAAGGUUUGUUGUGCUUUGUGGCUGCUCAGGAUUUUACACUUAUGGCAUCUAUGAGCACCUAGAAGGAUGGCCAGACUUCGAUAUGGCAGAGACCAGGGUAGCUUUCAAGCUUAGGAAAGACAAGUUUCAGUACAUGGCAAUAGCAGGUGAUAGACAAAGAUUCAUGCCAAUGCCAGAGGAUCGCAUGCCUAAUAGGUCACAGAAGUUAGCAUAUCCUGAGGCUGUUCUCUUAACUAACCCAAUCAAUAAUGAACUGAAAGCAGAGGUUGACGACAAGUACCAAUAUUCCUGUGAAGACAAAGACAUAAAAGUCCAUGGAUGGAUAUGUUUCAAACCUCCUGUUGGAUUUUGGCAAAUCACGCCCAGUAAUGAGUUCAGAACAGGAGGCCCAGUCAAGCAAGAAUUAACAUCUCAUGUUGGUCCAACAACACUUGCUAUGUUUAUGAGUGCUCAUUAUGCUGGGGUGGAUCUUGUGCCCAAGUUUAGGAAUGGUGAAUAUUGGAAGAAGGUUUUUGGUCCAGUCUUCAUCUACCUUAAUUCUGCUAUGGAUGAUACAGAUCCACGAGUUCUUUGGGAGGAUGCAAAACUUCAGCAGGCACAAACGGAAAUGGAUAGUUGGCCAUACCAAUUUCCAGUUUCUGAGGAUUUCCAAAAAAGUGAGCAAAGAGGGUCUGUUAUUGGGAGACUGCUCGUACAAGAUAAGUACAUAAAUGAUGACUAUUUAUAUGCGAAUGCUGCUUUUGUUGGUUUGGCUUUACCAGGUGAACCUGGCUCUUGGCAAAGAGAGUGCAAGGGAUACCAAUUUUGGACUAUGGCAGAUGAUGAGGGGAAUUUUUCCAUACAUAAUGUGAGAACUGGAGAUUAUAAUCUUUAUGCAUGGGUUCCUGGUUUUAUUGGAGACUACAAAUUAGAAAUAACAUUAACUAUUACUUCAGGUAGCCAAAUUGAUCUGGGUGAUCUAAUUUAUGAACCACCAAGAGAUGGUCCUACUCUUUGGGAAAUAGGCAUCCCUGACCGUUCUGCUGCUGAGUUCUUCAUCCCGGAUCCUAACCCCAACUUCAUCAACCAACUUUAUGUUAAUCACUGCGAUAGAUUUAGGCAAUAUGGCUUAUGGGAAAGAUAUGCUGAGUUAUAUCCUGACAGCGACUUAAUUUACACUAUUGGCGUUAGUGACUAUACAAAAGAUUGGUUUUUUACUCAUGUUACCAGAAAGGCUGGAGAUGACUCUCAUCAACCAACCACGUGGCAAAUAAAGUUCCAUCUUGACACUAUCGAUAAAACUGGAAUGUACAAGCUUCGAGUGGCACUUGCUUCUGCCACGCUUUCUGAACUACAGGUUCGUUUCAACAACCCAACCUUGAAUCGCCCUCACUUUACAACAAAACUCAUCGGCCGAGAUAAUUCAAUUGCAAGACACGGAAUCCACGGCCUGUAUUGGUUGUUCCAUGUAGAUGUGCAUAGUUCAUGGCUUGUUGCUGGUGAUAACACAAUUUAUUUAACUCAGACAAGGUGUCAAAGUCCUUUUCAAGGGAUCAUGUAUGAUUAUAUCAGGAUGGAAGGUCCUCCAUGCCAACAAAAUAGGGUUACUCAUUAGCUAAUCAGAUUGCAGAAUUCAUACAUUUCCUAAGUUGCGUUUGCUUGCUAAGCUAGUAGACAAUCUCAAUGUAUAGAGUUGAAAGUGAAAGUGUGCCUUUUAGGUCAAUGAUUUGGCAAGAAACAAUACAAGCGGUAAAGAAUCUAUAUUACCCCUU